UCCAGACAUGAAGCUCUCAGCAAGCGUCCUUCUGCUGAUCGUCGCGGCGGGUUUGGCCCACGCCGAGGAAGUUUGUUCUGCUGGUGAGCAGAAGAAGGAGGACUGUAACACAUGCGUUUGUGCUAACGGCGUUUGGGCGUGCACGAAGAAGGCUUGCCCACAGGUGGAGGACGAAGUGGAGAAGUGCACGCCUGGGACGACCUUCAAGCGGGACUGCAACACGUGUACCUGCGGCCCUGAUGGCAAGCCGGCCGCCUGCACCCUCAUCGCUUGUCUUCCAAGGACGCGCAGAGAUGUGGAGAAGUGCACGCCUGGGACGACCUUCAAGCAGGACUGCAACACGUGUACCUGCGGCCCUGAUGGCAAGCCGGCCGCCUGCACCCUCAAAGCCUGUCUUCCAAGGACGCGCAGAGAUGUGGAGAAGUGCACGCCUGGGACGACCUUCAAGCAGGACUGCAACACGUGUACCUGCGGCCCUGAUGGCAAGCCGGCCGCCUGCACCCUCAAAGCCUGUCUUCAAAGGACGCGCAGAGGUUAUAUGCGAUUGAAACGAGAAAAUUCUCCAUCGCUUGGUACACUGAUGUUGUAA